CACUCGUGGCCGCAUCGUGUCCCAGCUGAUAUUGUGCGACAGUGCUACCAUACCAGAGACUUUCAUUCCUACGGGCACGUCAUGGGGCAUCCACCUCGACUCACGGGGACGACCCUAGCCUGCCUUCUGCUCAUCCUCGCCGUCGCCGAAUCUGCCAGUCGAUCAUGCACAGUCGGCUGUCGUGGAAUGCACCAUAGCAAAGCGUAUCAGGAAGGGCACACGUAUGUAUACAAUCUGGAAGGGUUGUCGGUGACGUCCGUCACCGAUGCACAAGGCGAAGCAUCCCUUAAACUGUCAGCUACCGUGGAAUUGUCCGUGAAACCGGAUUGUGUCCAGCAACUGCGACUGAAAAAUGUCGAAAUUAAUGGCGCGGCUCCAUCCACGCCAGACAUUGAACAGUACGCGGUCCAAUUCAAUUACCACAAUGGGCACAUCGACACGCAGCUCUGCACCCAACCAGGUGACUCGCAAGAGUCUCUUAACAUCAAGAGAGCAGUUGUCUCCUUGUUCCAAUCGGCCGUCAUGGAGGAGGCUGGUACAACGACACACCACGAGACCGACGUAAUGGGAUCCUGUCCAACGGAAUUCAACUUCCACAAGGAAGGCGAUACUUUGAUCGUCAACAAGAACAAGGAUCUCGCCCAGUGUGCAUUCCGCGAGAACGUGAACCUGGCCCUCGUGUCCGGAAGCACAGACACAGCAGCAGGUCUGAAGACUUCCCCUCUGCUGGGGUCGCGACAGGAAAUCGAGCAACGCUACAAACGAGGCGUCCUGAACAAGGCGACGACCAAGGAAGUGUACAACCUCAGACCCUUCAGCAACGGCAACGCAGGCGUGAAGACCGUCGUGGAGACCACGUUGACGUUGAAGAGCGAGAAGGAAGACAAUCCAACAGCAGAGGUGUCUCAGCCCAAGUCCCUGAUUUUCGAGGCACCACAGCCAACGUUGAAGUACAACGCGGACGAUAUCGGCAAAGCGUUGCAGGAAGCGAAGAACGAAGUGGCAGGAGGCGUGAAGACCGAAGCUGCCGAGAAAUUCGCGAACCUGGUGAAGACCCUGCGGAGGAGCAGCAAGAAAGACAUGUUAUCCGUGUACCAGAAGAUUCGAGCCGGCGCUGGCUUCGACAAAGAUGACCAGAAGCUCUUCCUCGAGGCCCUGUUCCACGCUGGAACCGGCGAAGCGGCUGAAGUGGGGGUAGAAUUGGUGAAAAACAAGGAAAUCUCAGGGGUCCAGUCGUACUUAUUCUACGCUAGUCUAGCUCUGAUACGAUACGUGCAACUGCCGUCAGUGGCUGCCGUGGCGAGCCUGCUGGACCAGCCUAACCUACCUAAACUGGGCUACCUUGGCGUUGGGCAAGUGAUCGGCAAGUACUGCCAGGAUAAUUCCUGCGAGAACGUACCUGAAGUGAAGCAGGCGGUGCACAAGAUACGCGAGAAAGUAGGCAACGGCAAGGCCAAGACCAGGGAACAGGAGAACCAGAUCAUCUCCGCUAUGAAAGCUCUGGGUAACUCCCAGUUCCUCGACGAUGCUACUCUGAACAAGCUAGGGCACAUCGCUGCUGACAAGAAUGUACGAAACCGUGUACGAGUGGCAGCCAUCGAGGCUCUGCCGACCAGGUGCUCGAUGAAGUGGAAGUCCAUCUUGUUCAAGGUGCUAGCUGAUAGAGAGGAAGACAGCGAGGUGAGGAUCAAGUCGUACCUGUCCUUGGUCGCCUGCCCCUGUCCACAGGUGGCUAAUCAACUGAAAGAGACGUUGGACAAAGAAGUGGUGAAUCAAGUGGGAUCGUUCAUCCAGAGUCACUUGAGGAACUUGAGAGCAUCGACUGACCCGAGCAAGUUGGACGCCAAGAAUCAACUUGGAUUGAUCAAGCCUCGAACGAAAUUCCCCGAGGACAUCCGUAAGUUCUCCUUCAACAACGAAUUGUCGUACAAGUUGGACUCGUUAGGCGUUGGUUCUACCAUGGAGAGCAACGUCAUAUACAGUCAGAACAGUUUCGUCCCGCGGUCGACGAACCUGAACAUGACGAUGGAGCUGUUCGGGCACAACUUCAACUUCCUCGAAUUGAACACGCGCAUGGAGAACCUGGACAGAGUGAUAGAACAUUAUCUUGGUCCUAAGGGAAAGCUGUGGCAGGUGGACUUGGACGACUUGACUGACAGUGGUACUAGCACGGCUAAGAGACUCGCUAAGUAUAUCAAAGAGCGAUACGACAAGGUUGUACGAGGGAAACGCGAGGUGAAGCAGGGAGAUUUGGACAGAUUCGCGAAGAACGUGCACUUGAGGAACAACGAGAUCGACCAGGACCUCGACGUUGACCUGUCUGUCAAGUUGUUCGGCGUAGAGCUCGCUUACCUGAGCUAUCAAGGUGACAGUACGAAACAGAGUCCGGAAGCCAUCAUCGAUAAAUUAUUCGACAAGCUUCAGAAGGGUUUCGACCUUACCAAGAAUCUGAAAUACGACUUCGAGGAUUACCUCCUAUUCCUCGAUUCCGAACUGGUAUACCCGACAGGUUUGGGCAGCGCCUUGAACCUUGGUGUCACUGGAACAAGCGCGCUUCGUUUGAAGACCCAGGGAAAAGUCGACCUCCAAGCUAUACUCGCAGACCCCAAGAACGCCAACUUCAGAGUCGCUCUUGAGCCCAGUGUUUCCGUCAGAGUCGUUGGAAAAAUGAUCGUACAGGCACCUGGAGCCGAAUCUGGAAUGAAAUUCGUCACGACCCUACACACAGCCACCUCCGCAGACUUGUCUGUCUCUAUCCUAGAUGGCACUGGUAUCGAUGUGAACCUUGGCGUUCCUAAAAAGAAGCAAGAGCUCAUCAGUGUUAGCAACGAAGUUCUACUCAGCUCUGGGCCAAAAGGUAACAAGUACGUGCCCCCUAAAUUCCCAAAAGGCAAGGAAUACUCUGACUGCUUCGAUAAACUGUCCACUAUUCUCGGUAUAACAGUUUGCGGACAGGUCUCUUAUCCCUACAAGGAUCUCAGUAUCAUUACUCAGAAACCUCUGUUCCCGUUAAGUGGACCAACCAAGCUUGCCGUCACUCUGGAAUACACCGAUGUCAGCAGCUAUCACUUCAGGGUUAAUCUCAACAAACAGGAUCCUCAGAAACGUUCCUUCGAAGUUCUGCUGGACACUCCGAACAGUAAAACCAACAGGCGCGUAUCCAUGACCCUAGAAGCGGGUCUGGAGCCCAACAUAUACGGCAAGAUAGCUCUAGACACGCCUAUCAAGAAAGCUUCCUUGGAAGUGGUACUUAAGAAUAAUGCUCAGGAAAUUUCCCUCUCGAUCAUCGCUAAUCAUGAUCACAACGAGUACUUUGGUCGUAUCGGAAUGCUGGCUAACGGAAACAAGUUCAAACCGGUGCUGGAGUACAAAGUACCCAAGCACAUCGAGAAGUUAGCCAGCUCGAAGACAGGAUUUGAUCCAGGGCAACAGUAUGAACUGCAAGGCACCGUGGAGGUGUCAAAUUACCACGGUGGUCGAAAGUACGUGCUCGACAAGGUAGCUCUCGUCGUGAGUGGCCAGAAAUUGGUGGUCGCCGAUGGAUCACUCGCAGUGACACCCAAUGCUAUGAAUAUGAACAUGAAACUCGGCUACGUGAACGAAGAGUUGACUAUUGAACUGGAUAGUCAGAAAUCAGACAAGGAUUACAAACUUUCCCUCGCCACUGCGUCACCCAGCAAUCCUCAGCUCGGCGUUAAGCUUAACUGGGAGGUGAAGACGGCUGAGAAUGGCGUAGAGAACCAUCUGACCUACAGUACAAGUCCACAUGAUGAGGCAAAUCGCAUGUCGCUGGAUCAGAAGCUAACUUUCAUCUUGAAUAGAGCAAACCUGCAUCUGUUCACGUCUAACGAGCUCAAGUAUCCCGCGGCCAACCUGAAAUUUAAGUACAACGGUAAGCUCACCAGCAAGACGGUCGACAGUGACUUAGAACUAAAAUACAAGAACUUCACACUUGGCGCAGAACUGUCAGGCAAGUUAGACACAGAAAAACCUGGCGAUUACGAGGUCGAAUUGGAAGGUGAGUUAAUGGAGAACAGCGUCGAACUGAAGGCCAAACGACAAACCCUAGACGCACACAAGAGCAAGUAUACCAAUUCCCUGAAACUCUCCCCAGGCGGCAAAUACAGCGCAGAUGCGUUAGUGACCCAUGACGUGAGUAAGAACAACAUAAACUUGCAACUAGAAGUUGAUGUCGAUCUAAAUGGAAAGAAGGCGAAGGUCGACACAGGCCUAGAAGCUAACCCUCAACUACUGAACUCGAACCUCAACGUGAAAGUAGAAGGUACGAAGUACAUCGAGUUCAUGUUGAAAGCCAAACGAAGCCCCAAUAUUAGCGGCACCCUGCUUCUGAACCUGAAAAACUACCUGACAGCCAAUGGUCAGUACGAUAGCGAGAGCCAAAAGAGAGGAAACCUGAAUCUGGUCGUCGAUAUGCCCAAAAUCAAACGAAAGAUCAAGGCAGUUGGUAACGUGGAGAUCUCAGGACCUCAGUACACAGGCAACUUCGAGCUUAUGUAUGAUGUUGACAACGAUUCAAGCAAGGUCAUCAAACUGUCCACUUCGACUAUGAUCGCCGCGAAAUCCUUGAACACGAAGAACGUGAUAGAGUUCUUGACUUAUAAACUGCUAGUGAACGCUGAAAGUGAAGUAAAGGGAGACGACAAGGACGAGCAGAUCCAACUGCACGUCGACGUCACUCUACCGAAUAAACGGUACCUGGUGUACGAGAGUAAAAGCAGUACGUCCCGAGGGGAGAACAAGUACAGUAUGCAGAUCGAUAGUUCGCUGGCUGAUCACGAACAGGCUUCCGGACCAGCCAGGAAGCUAAGCUACAGCAUUGACAUGAAUUCCAACAACCAGGCGCAAACUUCUUGGGGUAAAGCUCAGGUGAAGUUCGUGGACACCGAGGGCAAGAGCACAGAACUGUCGCUCAAUGCGAAUAAGAAAACGCAGAUGGAUAAGCAUGAAACGAAGAAACUGAGCGGUGAACUGAAGUCGGAUCAUCUACCUAGGAAUUUCCAGGUUCAGCUGGACAAGACUGAGGGCGACAAUAUGUUUUCGUACAACGUCAAGUUGGCUUCAGGAGAUGAUCUCUUAUGGACGCACAAUAUACAACAACAAAUUGGAAACGAGAACGAGCAGAACAAUCUGAGCAAUCUAUUGGAAGUUAAAUUGCCCUACGAGAAGCUAAGCCAGUUGAAACUCAUGGUCCUCUUGAACUGGUUGAACUCGAUCGAGAAGAAUGUCUUUAAUGUGGGGAGCAAUGUAAAACUGACGUACAACAACGAUAAGAAGAUCGAGAUGGACUUGCAAAUGAAGGAUAAGGGAUGGUAUAACACGGAAAGUGUGAAGGAGGGUGACGGGAAACUCGCUUUGAACGUCCUGGAUCUUCCACGUAUGGAACUGUCAGGAAAAUACAAGUACGACCCUACACCUGCCAAGCAGACGGUUAAUUUAGUUAUGGAUGGUCAUUAUGGAGACAGGACGUUCUCCCUCACAUCUGACAACGAAUACUAUCCUCUGGAGAAGAUAGUCAAUUUGAGGGCUAAAGCCAAUUUACUCCUGGAUUCUUUGCGCAACGCUGAUCUACAAGUCUCUUACAAGAGGAUGGUGGAAGAGAACAGAGUGAUACUCGAAUGUACAGCCGUAGCUGAUGGCAAGAAGUACGCACUGAACAGCGAGGUUCAGAACCUGGACACCAACAAACUCUUCCGCGUAAUAUUCAGGUCUCCUAAAGGGAAAACAGAGAUACUUUCCAAGUUCCAAAAACUUGGUAGCAAAGAGUACAAAGGCGAAUGGAGAGUGGAGACACCAAAGGGAUUCGUGGUAGCUGAUGCUCACGUGGACCUUGAAAGCGUCGACAACUUCGUGAUCAACGCAAACUUCGACAGUGACAAGGUGACACAUCGCAAGAUCCAUGCUGAGAUCUCCAACAAACCAGCAGUGAAGCUUGGAAAGAGCAUCCUCAUUACUGUCACCAGCGAUGGCCAGAAUAUCGUGACUGGAAGCACAAGCUACAAGCAACGUGAGGAGGACGGAAAGAUCGUGGUGGAGGGCAAUGGAAACUUGAAGGUCGGCGACAAUACCAGGAGCUCCUCGUUCAAGUAUACCCGUCAGCAGUUAAGACGUGAAACAGACGGAGAAUUUGGUAUGGCGAUGAUGUUGAACGCGAACUUUGGCCCGUCUGCCAUAGUGGGUGAAUUGAAGCUAACGAACAAGGAGAUACACGUGUUGAACAGCUAUUGCGAGCAGAGCAAGGAUUGCGCUCAGUUCAAGCUACAGUCGAUCCUCAACGCUGAACAAGAAUCUCGGGUGAAACAUCAACUAACGGUGGAGGUUGACCUGAAGAAGUUCAACGUACCUGCUGAAUUUGGUUUGAAAACCACGACGGAGUUGAAGAACCCGAUAUUCGAUCACAUCACGAACAUUUACGUCCAUUCCUCGAAGGACAAGUCUGAAUACACUUACCAACUGUAUAUUCAUCCUAAAGAAGCAGCUACCAUCUUGGCUCUGCCUUCGCGCGAAAUGGCCGCCGUCUUCGUGUACGAUCUACCUAAGAGCAAACACACCGGUGCAUACAAGAUGGACCUGUCCCUCUAUCUGGAUAGGAAGAACAAACCAACGGAAAAGACCAGUCUGUCUUUCAAUGGAGACGUCGAUAUAGACAAGAACAAUCAAGGUGCAUCUGGAGAAAUCAAAUUCACGUAUCCAACGCAGACGAAGGAUAUGAUAUUGAAAGGCAACGUUAAACUGAGCCAGCUCCUCAAAAUGUCCGCCAAUCUGGACAUCGACGUGUUCGCCAAAAGGUCUCAGAAGAUCUCAAUCUCCGCUAACCUAGACAGGCAAUCGUCCUCAGAGAACAACAACAACAUCACCGGUUUGAUCGAAGUGACCAGCCGUGGCCAACAACUGAAACUCGAUCUGAAAUCUCACUUGGCAGUCUCGAUGGGCGACGAUAAGAAAAUAACAUUUGGCAGUUUCUUCACCUACAACGACGUGAAACAGAAACCAAGGACACUGGGUGGCUUCUUCUCGGCAGACUGCAAUCACGUGUCCUUGGUGCUCUCUUUGCCUGACAGGGAGCUGCUGAAGGAUAACUGGAAAAUGCAGUUCUCGAGGAACGUACAGAAGAUAGACAGAGAAGUGACAGCUUUAGGCGACACUCAAGUUCUAUCUUUCGAGGCUAACGAUCUGAACAGAUUCAAACUCGAGGUGUACCUGAAAGAUAACCCCAACAACAAACUCAGCGUCAAUGGUCAACUGAUCCUCGGCCAACUGGGAGGAAUCCACGUAGAUACGUACAAAGAUGGCGCGAAGAAGAGCCUGUUCCACGUUUUGGUCCACCUGGACGAGAAGCGUUUCCUGAAACCAGAUUUUGGUUACAGCAAAGAGAACGUUGCCGAAUUACUGGAAAUCGUUAAGAACAAGAAUACCGAACGUCUGAAGAAAAUAAAAGAGAUCAACGAGUACGUGCUAGAGCAACUGAAGAUAGAAGGCACAGACUUCCUGGAGCACCUGAAGAAGGCGCAACCGAACAUGAAACCUCUUAUGGAGUACUAUGAAACAGAACUGAACAAGAUAAAGGACGAAAUGAAUGCCGACGAGACCGUGAAAGAAAUUCAGGCCACCUUGAACAAGUAUUUCGGCGCCAUAAUCACAGCCGUAGUGGAAACUAUGAAGCAGGUGGCGCAAGGUUUGGAGAAACUACAGCAUCAACUGACUGUGAUACUGACCGACCUGAAGGAAGGGGUGAAGGCAAUGUAUCCACAGCUAAAGGAGUCCUACAACAAGAUAUUCAAACACAUCACGGAUAUUCUCGAUGCCGCGAUGAAUCUGGCCAACACGUACCUCAAAGCUCUCCUCGAUCAAAUAAACAAACACCAGAAGGAGAUACAGCAUGCGAUGAGUACGGUAUCCGUAAUGUCGCAAGACUUCGCGAAGAUCAUCAUCAAAGGACUGGAACAACUCAAACAGAACCUGAAUGAAUUGGUUAACUACCUCGAGGUCCAACUGAAGACUCUACCAAUUUACGACACUCUUAAAGAGAAAUUGCAGGAGCUGAAGAAUUGGCAAGUACCGGAUACCAUUCUGGUCCUGCUCGAAGAAACGUGUAGGGUAAUGAAGAGUGUCCUGCCCACUCCCGACCUUCGAACACUUGCCGACCUCGUUUGCCAGUACGUCGUCAAGCACGUCAAACACGAGAAGGUCGACGAAGUAAACGAUCUGAAGAAGAUCUACUCGCAAUUGACGACCACGGUACAAUCGACCCUGAAUAUGUUGGAGAAACAAAUAACGUUGGACAACGUGUUGGGCUUCGUCCAAAUCCAGGCGCCCACGGAUCUCAGUCUUUGGUACAAAUUCCCAAUCAUCUCCACCGUCAGACUCUCUAUCUGGAAUCUCUUGCGCAACAAAGAACUGCCAACUCCUUUGGACCUGUACUACGCAUACAGGCCAUCUUCGGUCAACCUGAAAAACAUCGUGCCACCAUUCAGCCAGUCAGCAGUGGUCACUGAUGGAGGACACUUCUUCACGUUCGAUAAACGUUAUGUAGGCUUGGCCGGAGACUGCACUUAUAUUCUGGCACAGGAUAUGCAAGACGGAAACUUCUCUGUCGUGGCGAAUUUCCGGGAUGGAACUUUCAACAGUAUCACGUUAACUGAACCUAAGGAGAGCAUCACGCUCAAUAAAGACGGAAGUAUUUUAGUCAAUAACAAGCCAGCCGAUGUCCCAGCCUACACGAAGAAUCUGCACGCUUACUUGGUUCCGCCAUUCAACAAUGUCAAAUCCGAUUACGGUGUUCGGGUUACGUGCUCGAUCGACGUUCCUAUGGUCUGCGCCGUCCACGUUUCCGGUUUCUACCUCGGCAAGAUCCGAGGACUCCUCGGUGACGCAAACAACGAGCCCUACGACGACUACACUUUGCCCUCCGGAAAGAUCACGGACAAUGAAGUAGAAUUUGGAAACGCGUACAGAUUGAAGGACAGCUGCACAGCAACAGCCAAUGCAGAAAAUGCACCCAAUGACCCAACCUGUACCGAGUACUUUGCUAGCGAGAAUUCACCUUUGAAAUCUUGCUUCAACUACGUCAAUCGAACUCAAUAUCGCGAAGCCUGCAACCGCGCGGUUGCAGGUAGCACACCUACAAAAGCUUGCACAAUCGCCACAGCCUACCACUAUGCCUGUUACGCACAGGGCCUCAUGGGUACCCGUGUUCCAUCCUCCUGCAUGAGCUGCAAAGUGGGAGAUGACAAAAUUGAUGUAGGCAGUACAUUCAGUGUGAAGACACCGAAGAAUCAGGCUGACGUUAUUUUCGUAGUCGAGCAACAGAAUCCAAAUGAAAAGGUGUUCAAGGAGAUGGUUCAGCCAUUGAUGACUGAGCUCAGGGAUGAACUGAAACAACAAGGAAUAACAGAUGUGCACGUUGGACUGAUUGGAUAUAGCGAGAAUAUGAAGUGGCCACAGCACUACACGGUGGAUGGUAAUACUAACAUCCAAGGCGAAGUGAAGAACAUGAAGUUCAAUGAGAAGAAACCUACAGUUACUCUCGAGGAAGCGAAGAACGGCACCAUGGAGACGAAACUUAAUUACUUGCACCAGAAAUUGGACGUUGAACUGGGCACAUUCAAGUUGACAGAUGCUUACGAAGAGGCUAUUCAAUAUCCCUUCAGAGUAGGUGCAGCCAAGGCUGUGGUUGGAGUGAUCGCGAACCCUUGUGCAAAGAGUCCGUUCAUUAUUUCGCUGCAGCAACUCAGGCUCUUGCUAGGUCACAAAAUUUACCGUGAUCUUGGACUCACAUAUUACCACGUGUCGUAUCCAGGCGACCUGCUCGUCUCGGGCAAACCUCAAAAGAAUAUCGUCGGAUACGACCAAGACAGCGUGUACACGUUCGCUGACAGCAAGAAGAAGCCUCUCACCGGAAGCACCGACAUGAAGAGCAAUCUCUUACCGACGAUCAAGGACGUCUGCGCUGACUUCGCGGUUUCCUCUGGCGGAGCAACGUUCAGCUCGAACAACUUCUUGGACGCGAAACCGAAUCAGAAGAGGCAAUUCGUCCAAGUGGUCGCCAAGAGGAUCAGCGAUGGCCUCGUUAAUUUACAGCUCCAGCAGGAUUGCUCGUGCAACUACCAGUACGGUAUGUGGGGCCGCCCUCAGUGCAAAAUCGUUGGUCGCAAAGAAACUCCGAGAGCCGGCUAGGGUGGAGAGGUUUAAAUCGAGAGCGUCCCGCGCUCCAUCAUUACUGAUUAAUUUAGGUGUAUUGUUUGUUACUUUGUUAUAAUACGGCAGGCGUAUUUUGA